UUUAAAUAAAAUCUGUCAAAAUGAAAGGAUUUUGAAAGUUAUCUUUAUUAUAUACCAGAUUUUACCAAGUUCUACUUUUAACUAUUAUUAUUUAUACAAAAAAAUGAAAAAAUCCACUUCCAAUAAAGGAGUUACUGCAACAACUAAAGACAUAACAGCAACAUUAAAACAUCAACAAAAUGAAAAGAAUGGUAUUGAAAAUAUUAAAGAAGAAUUAACAAACGUAAUUGAGUUAAUGGGACCAAGCACUCCACAUUUAGUUAAUUCUAGCAGUAACGAAGAUAAAGACGAGUCUUUUAUAACAUCAAUAUAUAGCUCAAUUGUUGAGGUUAAAAGAUCUUUAAAAGAAUCUCAAUCAACACCUCGUGAUAUGUCAGAAAUGUCCGCCCUUCCCAUAGAUAUAAGCGAAACGACCGAAUGUUCUAAGAUUAUUGAAAAUCCAAACGUUUUGUUAUGUCAACAUGCUGAAAAAUGUCCUUAUCGUGAUUACGUUCGUGCAAUUAACACAUUUUCACAAAAUUUAAAACCGCCAGAACGAAAAAUACAUACAUUUGAAAAAGUAAACUUACGAAAAAUGGUUGAAAUAAAAAGUAACAAAGAGAGCCGUUUUAGUUUUUUGAAUUUAUUGAAAUUUCGAAGACACGAAAAGGAUUUAUCGAAAGAACCGAUUGAGUUGUAUAAAAUUAACAUUGAACAAAAUGAUAAAGAAAAUAUACCGAACAAAUUAACGUUUGAUUUAAUACAUAAUAUCCCAAAACCCGUUACAUCUACUGUUGCAACGAAUACUUCAAGAGCUUUUAUUACAGCUCCCGUUCAUUGCGCACCCUGUAAAAAUCAAGAAAAUCAAUCGGUUGGUGUAAAUCCAGCCGUUCAUAUAGCCCAAGUUAAUAACAGUUUUAAACCACCAAAAACUUGUAAACAAGGUUUCCUAAAUGAUAAACCAACUCGCGUUGAUGUUUAUUAUUUUGAUCACGGAAAUGCAUGUUAUUUAAAAACCACAGAUGUUACCCCAAAUUUAACAACUGAAUUAAUAGCGGAAAAAACAGAAGCUUAUACCACGAAAUUUUGGGCUGAACUUUUUGGAACUAUUCAUAUAUUUUUUGCAUUUUUAACAACAUUUAUUUUACAAUUUUUAAAAUUUAUUCUGCAAAGUUUAAUUCGACCAUUAACAAUCGGUUUACUUCAAUUAACAUCCGAUUACUUUUUUAAACCAUGUUUAUCGGUGGUUUUUAACGCGAUUAUUCAACCUCCAGCGAUUUUCUUUUUUAACAUACUCACUUCUUUGCGGGAUUUGUGUGACCCAGUUGCGGAAGGAGUCGGUUAUUUUCUACGGGAAGUGGCUAACGUUUGUAGAUCGAUUAGAUUGGUCGAGGUUAAAAACAACACCAAUAACAAACCAAAAUUAAAUAGAGCACCCUGUCGGCGAUUUAGAAUAAGGAGAAAAAAAUAAUUAUUGUAUAUUUUUUAUAUAUUAAGGAUUUAAGAAGUAAAAGAAAAAAAAUUAGUGUAA